AUGGGGUUCAGCUCUAGACACGAUGGAAACCACGCCUUGGUUUGGGAUUCUGAGAACUCGGGGCUCCUUUCUCACGCAGAAAAAUCUGCUACUACGACUAGGAGAAGAUGUACUACUGGACAACUUGGAUUACUCUGGUUCAGUAUCAGCUUCAUGCUGAUAACCACUGCGGACUGGGGUCUAAGCCAUGUUCUGACGCAAGUUGCAGUGUUCCUUCGUGUAAGUAGGGCAAUGUCUUGGAAUGACUGGUCGUUCUCCAAAUCCACUGUUGGAGAUACGUAUGAUCUGGGAAAGCUGACGCAACCUUUUGGGUUUAGUCUCGACGGAAACGGUCAGGUUCUCGCCACAGUUGGAGCUCUAUACUCUCAACUAUACUUCUGCGGACGAGGCUGGGAUAGUGCGGCAGCGAUGGCAAGAUUUGCUACCAAGUUAAUUCACUUCACUAACUCUCGCUCAGAGGGCGGUGGAGACGUCCAUAUUGUCCAUGAUAAACACAACCAGCUUCUUAGCGAGCCGUGGUUGGACCCACAUGGGCAGUCUCUUUGGAAAGUAUCUUGGGCACAUCAAUUGCACUGCCUUUAUCUGAUCAUGAAUGAAUAUGAUCGUUUGAUACGGUAUGGACCAACAGGCAAGGAGAAUCAGGUCGAGCAUGGUCAUGCCGAAGUUCACACAAAUCAUUGCUUCGACUACCUACGCCAGGCUAUCCUGUGUAAUGCAGACAUGACACUUGAAGGUAGGGUCAUAGGCAGAGAUGCUGCACCUGGAACUGAUGGAUGGGGCCAUGCUCACGUUUGUCGGAAUCACGCCGAAGUGGUCAAUUGGCUUGAAAGUCGGAGGACAAAAGACAAAGCUUUCAUUAUUUCCCCAGUAUUUUCGUACAUUGAGCAGAACCCAGAUCAAUAUAAAUUCUGUAGCGUCCAAGCAUAUUCGAGUAGAAAUGGAUACGAACUUCAAGGAUUGAGGAAUCGAGCGCUUUCAAUCGGAAAUACAGUUCCUAGAUUCUACGGCGAAGAAGAAGCGCGUAACGAAAUCAUCGGCGGAAAACCGCCGCUGCCCUCUGAGGCGACGACAAGCCAGCCAGUCGCUCGAAACGUCCUAUAG